GGCUCGCCGGAGGCCACCGUCGCGACCCCGGCGGAGCCCGCGGCCCAGCGUUGAGCCCCGGUCCCCGGGGGCUGGCAUGAGCGGUCCCUCCGCCGCACCGGGGGGCGGGGGAGUCGCCGCCUGAGCCCCGGCCUGCUGCCGACCUCGCCGAGCGAGCCUGACCGCGGAGCGUGCGAAAGACCCCGUCACUGCUUUCUCCCUCCCCCAGAUCACACAGCCCAGCCCCGAAGAUGGGGAACUGCCUCAAAUCGCCCACCUCGGAUGACAUUUCCCUGCUUCACGAGUCUCAGUCCGACCGGGCUAGCUUUGGCGAGGGCACGGAGCCGGAUCAGGAGCCGCCGCCGCCAUAUCAGCCACCUGGUUCCACACUACAAAGACGCAGAGGACACUGGACCACCAGACCACACUACUGGGAACAAGUUCCAGUUCCAGUGUAUCAUCCAACACCUAGCCAGACUCGGCUAGCAACUCAGCUGACCGAAGAGGAACAAAUUAGGAUAGCUCAAAGAAUAGGCCUUAUACAGCAUCUGCCUAAAGGAGUUUAUGACCCUGGAAGAGAUGGAUCAGAAAAAAAGAUCCGGGAGUGUGUGAUCUGUAUGAUGGACUUUGUUUACGGGGACCCCAGUUGAUGCAGCACUGCUUUCGUCCUAUGAGACUAAUUGAGCCAGGGUCUCUUGUCUGACUUCAAGUGAACCAUCAUUCUUGGUGGUUUUGAUCUUUUGUCACUGAGCCCAAAGAGCCAGGGAUUAGGAAUUAAGAUCAUGCACAAAAAUUUCCUAAAAAUUCCUGGGUGGCUACAGAUGUUGAGGAAAGUAUGUAAUAUUUUAGAAACUUAGGGGGGAAAUGUAGGAUGGUAUUUUUAUGUAAAGCCUUGACCCAGUGUUUAAAAAGAUAAUUGUAUUUAGAUCUUGUUAUUAUUGCUCCAGUACAUAUGAAUUGUGUAAAGUGUUACAGCAGCUGUUUAUGUUUAAAUUGUGUGUUGAAGAUUAGGAAAAAAAUAGUGGUUAUUUUUCCUAAAUGAAAUAACUUUCUUCUCCCCUCCACCAAUUCUUUUCUGAAGUUACUGGCAUUUGGGUCAAGGUUUUAUUAAAAGCUACAUUUUAUAACACUGGCACAAAAACAGUAGUUUUAAGCUUGUUUGCACAGUUCUUUUUUUCCAUUGGAAAUGGAAUUCAUUGCCUUAGGUCUUUUAAAAUAGUGUAUUAUUAUCGUUGGGGCUGGCUCUAUGCUUGAAAACCAGUUUAUUUAUAACCUGUUGUAAGUGCUAUAUUCUGUUUGCAGUUAGGAAAUGCAGAAUUCAAAGUGAUCUCCUAGCUUGUAAGCAAACUGAGACGCACUAGCCCUUUUCUAUAAAAAUGAAUUAAUGUGUCAAGAAACCAACUCCAGCAAAGUGGUUUAAUAGUAUCCUUUCCUAUGUGUUUAUCUGUUUUGGGUUGUUAAUAUGAUGAUGAUGGAAAGUCAAGAUAAAUUUUAAAUAUUAAGAUUUCUGAUUUAUUGAGAUUGAAUUAUGCCACCAUGCUUAUGUAAAAAUGAAGGUGGCACCAUAAUGAAAUGUAACAAGAAGUAGUUUCUCAGUGUAACAAUUUUGAUUUAUUCUCUUUCCUAUGACCUCCUUCCUUGUUGUCUUGACCCAUAGCAAAAGGAUAUUGCAUCUCUCAUUACUGUUGAGCUGGGGUUUAUUGAAGUUAUAUAAACACAUCUCAGUCUGUGUCUCUUGGAAAGGUAUCUAUUAAGUCCUGCUAGGUGACUGAUAAGACUAAGCAGGGAAUAAAGGUAAAUGUGUUUCAUGUUUUGCACACAACUGCAGAAUUUGUAUAACCACAUGACUUCAUAGUUGUGAUCUCAAAAAAGGAAUUCCUCAUUUAAUUUUUCUUGCAGUUAAUGUAAGAAUACUCUAAAUCUCUAAGCUUCUGAAGUGUUAGAGGUAGAGAUGGUCUAGUGAAUAUGUAGUAGUAAUGUUUUAUCCACUUAGCAUGUGUUUAUUUUUCCUUGUGUACUCAAAGGUGACUUAUUUGUUCAGCUCAGAGAUGUUACAGCUAAAAAUCAUUCAUUAGCAAAAGGAGAAGCGGUCUCCACCUGAAAAACAUUUCUUAUUAUUUUAUAUUGAGUUGAAUAUUUGACUCUUAAUACUUUUCUACAUACAAAACAGGUUUCUGGAAGGCUCUUUGUAAUUGCAUUGUAGGAGAAUUUAGUAUGUCAUAAGUACUUAUUUGACAUUCAACUGUAUUAUGCAUAUGUUGGUUAAUUUCCUUAUGAGCCCCAUGAUGGAAUGACUUAAAGAUGAAUUUGAUGAAAGUUGAAAGAAACUAGAUUAUCAGGUUCUGUUAAAUUGUUACAUGUAUCUUGCUUAAAUUUCUGUUCAUUAAUUUAUAUCUACCCAAUUACAUAAAGCAAAUUUGGAGGAAA